GCGUGGAAGAACCAGGAGAACCAGGAUAUUGGAUACAUACAUGCUAUAAAAUUCCUGCGAAUAUCCGAUUUUUAAACCAAGGCCUGGAGAUCCGUGCUUUUUAUAAGCUUACUUCUUAGUCCGCCUUCUCUAUACUCGCCCCUACAAGUCCAGCGAUACUCGUAUCACAUACCCCAUUUAACAGUUCAUUCGACAUCAUGGAUCCCUCUCUCAAACGCGCCGUUCCUACCGACGAUGAGAAUCAUCAAGAGCCUGAGGCUAAGCGACAACGAACUAUCGAGCCCGACUCCCGCUCUGUUACGCCAGCCGAGGUCGACCUAUCAGAGAGACCGAUUUACGAUGUGGUGAGACGUCCGAAUGCCGAAGACUUUGGCAGAGAUGGGCUUCGACGUUCUAUCGGUGUGGCGCUGAAGCACGUGGGCUUCGAUGCUGCUACCCCUGAUGCUCUGGAGGGAUUCACGGAGACAGUUGACACCUAUAUCACUGGCUUCAUCGAGCACCUUCGUCGUAUCGCCAACGCGGCAAGAAGAAACGACCCUAUACCCGAAGAUUUCGAGCUGAUCCUUCGUCGUCACGAUGUUGACCUAUCGUCUCUGAAGCUACAUCUUAAGAAUCCUGUACAGAAGGAGUACGUUGCGCCAUCGUUCUUCGACCCCGUAACGGAAGACGUCCAAUAUCUUCAGAAGCCGCGGCCAUUUCUAGGUGAAGAGCUGUCUGGAGAGAAAGAAAAAGAGGCCCGGCCGUGGAUACCCAAGAACUUCCCAGCAUUUCCCAGCGCGCAUACCUACAGAUUUACCCCAGCGGAGCAAGAGCCAGAUAUCGAAAAGGAGCAAUUACAGGCGGAAGCAGAUGCGAAGAAGGGCGAGGCAGCGCUGAGGCGAAUCAACCGGGCUGCUAGAAUUAGUCGACAGAAGGAGCUCAGAAGCGUCGCGCAGCGCGAUCCGCUAAGCCGAAAACGACACCAGAAUUGGGAGGACAUGAUGUCCGAGUUGCUACCCAAGGCCGGCCCGGCGACGAGUAGCGCGCCAGAUAUUGCCGAUCAUAGCUCGAUUGUUAAUUUCGGUACCAAGUACGGACGGAAGGGAAUGCCUAAAAACAGCCGACGGCCCCAGGCUGACCCCUUUAACGGCAUGAUUUGACGACUACAAAUCGACUAGUUGAUCUCCGGUGAAGGACGAUACCACUAAUGAAUGUUAAUUGGUCAUGAUGCGUGAUCUUGGUGGUAAGAUGCUCCCCCUGUGAGGCCGGCUUAUUGUUCGGAGACUUAAUUUGUUGAAUAGCGAGGCGAUCUUAGAAGCUACUUCUACGGCUAUGGACAUGAGUUCUAUUGAACCCUCUUAACCGUAUAUGGCAGUUUUCUAGUACUUCGAGGAAGUGGCCGAUGGUAGCUCUCUUGCGCCCCCGUACGGCCAGAGGAGAAAGUUGUCGCUGAGGAAGAGCCGGAUCCUUCUGGGUUAGCGGUUUGGAGAUGCACGCUCAGAUUUUAUAUUGUUUAAAGAUACCCAAUCCAAGCGUUGUCAUUAUAUUCGAUUCUAACUUGGGCGCCG